GUCUUUUGUCUUGUCAGUCUAGGAUAAGAUUAAUUAUUCAAAUAAGUCGGGCAAUCCCCUUUAUUGUUAUACAUUUGGCAAAACAUUGUGUUAAUGUCAAUGAAUAUUUAACUGGUACGGGUAUACCUGAUUAAUGUAAUUAGGAUUUACAUUUCAAUGAAAUUAAUGAAACCCUCCAUCCAAGAAAAAUAAUGAAUUUACCACUUGAAAAAGGCACUGGUACAUUUGUACUUUUUUUGGUUCUGUUAUUCGUUACUGUUUCUGAAUGCAAAAGCAAGAAGACUCCUCGCAUCGCAAUUAUCGGGGGAGGAAUAGGUGGAACCGUUUGUGCCUAUGAGCUUUCAAAACUUGCUACAAAAAGUGGACAUGACAUCAGUUUGGAUUUGUAUGAAGAGGCAGAGAUUGGCGGAAGGUUAGCUACGACAAACAUAGAUGGACAUGAAUUCGAGACUGGUGGAUCAAUAAUUCAUGUUGAAAACAAGCACAUGGCAAACUAUGUAGAAUCAAAUGGGCUUAAGUGGAAAUCAGUACCAGCUGGUCAUAGCACUAAGGAUGACUUUGGGUUCUAUGACGGAAAAGAAUUUGUAUUUGUCUCAAGUGAAUCAAAUAUGUGGAAUAUAAUUGACUUGAUAUGGAGAUAUGGCUUUGACAUAGUUCGGUUUGUCAUGUCUGGAGAUGUGAAAACUAUGAUGUCUCACUUCAAAAGAAUUUAUGAAGCUCAAGAUAAGCAUAUUGCAUUUAACAAUGUGCAUAGCCUGUUGUCAUACAUGAAUAAGGACUUUCCUCAUCUCAUGAAAGUAGAACUGAAAGAGUACCUAAAAUCAAAGGGCUUCAGUGAUCACUUUAUUGAUGAAUUUAUAUACGUUGCUAUCAAUGUUAAUUACAACCAGAAUACCAACAUUCCUGUGUUUGUAGGGUCCGUGUCUAUGGCAGGAGCUGAAAGUGGAAGUCUCAGAAGUGUUGAGGGUGGAAACAAACGUGUACCAGAAACUCUCCUCGCUUUAUCAGACGCUAAGCUUAUUAAAGCCAGAGUGGAGUCCAUCACUUUAAGGCCUGACUCUACGUUUGCUUUGGCUGUAGACAACGCUUCCCACAUCUAUGAUUACGUCGUAGUUGCCUGCCCUCUAAUAGAAAGUUCUGAAAAAAAUUUAAAAUUUGAAAGCUUUCCAGAUCUAAACAUCCCACAUAUCAAAUACCAGCAGACAGUAGCCACUCUGGUCCAUGGUGAAUUGAACCAUACAUUUUUCCAUGUUGGUUCCCCUGAAAAAAUGCCCAAUCAGAUAUUUUCAGUGAAUAAUGCAUUAUUUUACAAUUCUAUUAGUGCUCUUACUCCUGUGGUUUUUGACCCUAAAUAUGAUAAUAAGGUUUUCAAAGUCUUUUCAAAGAAUGUUCUUACGGAUGAACAACUUGAUCUUUUAUUUGCUACUCGCAAUGGUUUUACAUCUAUCCCCUGGUUGGCAUAUCCUUUGUACGACACUCAAGACCGAAACUUAUCAUUUGUGCUUCACAAUAAUUUAUUUUACACAAAUCCCAUAGAAUGGGCUGCCAGUGCGAUGGAAAUGAGUGCUAUAUCUGGAGUAAAUGCCGCGUUACAUAUCAGUGAAAGACUGAAAAGAUGAGUUUUUAAAAGAUUGAACUUUUGAACUUCACAGGGAUUAUUCAUUAUGAUUUAACCUUGCAUAUUUUAUAAUGUUUUCUAUUUAUCUUUGAUUUAAACACUCAGUCUAUGGCGAUGUUUCUUGGUCAGAAAGACAACACCUAAGACCAAUGGGCCAUUGAUUAGAGCUUACUGUCCACUGCACAAACAACCCCAGUUAGGCCUACCUUGGCCUCCCAGACGUACACAAUGACACGACAGAGUUGCAAUUUGGUUUCUUAACUACAGGGCCAAUGUUUCUGUAAAAAGUUUAUUUACUGGAUUGUAAAAAUUGACACACUAAUAUGUAACAAUUAUUACAUUAGUAUUUAACAAUGUAACAAUUAUUUUUAUGGGUUGCCUAAUUGCAGUACCGCGGUUACAAAUGGGCCCCGGUGGGCCCGAGCCCAGGGGCGCAGGAGUUUUUGUUUUGUUGGGGGAGCAAGCAACAGACGCUAUUUGGAAAAUAUCUCUGGAAUAGCACGACAGUAGAAUCCUCCUCACUUCUGUUCCCACUCAUGACUCAUCACUGCCAUUGUUUGCAUAUUAUCAUUGACUUAAUCCUUUGUCUUUAUUUGUAAGCUAUUAAUUUUUAUGUAAUUUUUUCAUUACUCAUUUAUGUCAGUUGCUUUAGUCAAAUCUGUAGAAGAAACAUAUUAUCAAUUGGUUAGCAAAUAAAGAUUUCUAGCCGAGAACAUUUAGGACGGAUAAAUUAUUAUCUUUUUAAAUCAACUCACAUUUCACGGUUUACUUAACAGUUUUAAUUUGUCAAAAUCUCAAUUAACCUGAUACCGGAAGAUACUGCGGUGUUUUUGCUUAUGAUUUUAUUUACGUUUGACAAAUGCUAUUUUACGUUGUAAUUUAACAGCCUUUUUCUGUGAAAUGAGCAAAAAACCAAGUGGCAGUGAGUUUAGAGAGAGGGGGGUAAAAAAAUUUUGGACAGUAAGAAAGUUUUACAAAAAGUUCCUAAAAUAAGUAGUUUUCACAGUCAUUAAAAUCAGUUAGACCUAAUGAUUAUGUGUACAGAAAGUUAUAUAACCCUACAAAUGAACUCUGAAGAUAUCAUUAACGAGUUUGCCAAAAAAUUUAGGGAAAACCAGUUUUUUUAAGGUGUUGACUGUUUAGAGUUUUUAAAUGAUUGCAAUUAAAUCUUAAUAAGUUAAAACAAUUUUUUAAAUUGAAACUUUUGUACAACUAAGCCCAUUUUACUUUUAAGAUCCCAUUUUUGGAUAUAUAAGUGUGCAUGUAAGUAAAAGUUAAACUUAUUGACUUAUUGUAUAUUUAAGUGAUGGUUUACGUUUUGACUUUACAAUGCGGGUAAUUUUAUCAACAAUCAAAAGUAAACACGAUGAGCCUUAUCUUUGUCAUAUCGCAGAAGCGCAUGCAACUUGUAAAAUGCCUAUUUUCAUUUUAUGAUUCAAAUCAAUGUCAGCGUGGUUGGGUACUUAUGGUCUUAGUGAUUAAAUUAUUUACUGAUUUAUUUAGUGAUUUUACUUAUUUUACUAAGAUAGUUUUAGAGAUAGAUUCAUUGUUAUGCUCACGUUGUCUGUGAUAUGUUUAUUAAUUUAAGUAUUUUAUACCAAAAUAAACAAUUGAUUUAAA